AUGGACUGCACAUAUUCUGACUAUGAGCACAGCGAGCUCUCCUUCCCACUGACUGAUGAAGAAGACAGUGUAAGUUUCAUAACUGCAUCACCUUCAUCGUCAGCCAGCACCCCGUCCGCCGAGCUCCCCGCCAGCCAGUCACCGAGCUCAAACCCAGAGAGGGCCGAGGACCCGAGAGACAAGAGGCGCAAGCCGAAAGGCCGCUCGAAAGCAAAGCCUCAAGCCGGCAUCCACUUGGUGAAGAGGAGCCGGAGGACAAAAGCCAACGAUCGGGAGAGGAACAGGAUGCACAACCUGAAUUCGGCCCUGGAUGACCUCCGCGGUGUCUUGCCAACUUUCCCCGACGACGCCAAACUAACAAAGAUAGAGACGCUACGAUUCGCUCAUAAUUACAUCUGGGCUCUGUCUGAAACCCUAAGGCUGGCUGAUCAGUGUGUGGACGGCAGCCGGAAGCAAGUGAUGCUGCCUGGGUACCUGAAAACCAUCGGUCCUCCCAGCCCGGGCAGUGAUGAAGGAUCUUGGGUGACAACACCCUCCCCAUCAUCUGCAACCACUUGCACUUCGAGUCCAGCCAGUCCCUCCACCUCCGAAGACUAUGCAUACAAAAGACCAUCAGACAGCAUCUCUUUCCGCACUAUACAGAAAGAUUUUCUCAAUGAAGUUUCCUGUUUCAAUGAUUACCACUGA